AUGGCGAACCCUGCCUCCGGCUCGGGCAACCAUCCCCGCGAAGAAACCGUCGCCGCCGCUGUUGCUCCGGCCACGACGACGACUGUCGAUGACAAGCCCGUCGCCGAGAAUGCCGUGCCUGGAUCGGAAGAGUCUACACAAAAGCCGCAAGUCGUAAAUCCACAAGUCGGAGUCGAGGACGAUGAGGACUCGGACUUUGACGAAUUGGAUGACGUCCUAGAUGACUUCUCCAAACCCAAACCAGCGCCAGCACCCGUCCCCGCGCCAGCAACUACACAACCCGACCCCGCCACCGGCAUCGCCCCGCCCGAUUUCGACGAAGAUGCUUUCCUCAAACAACUGGAGAAAGACAUGGCCAGCAUGAUGGCGAACCCCGGCGCCACAGGCCCUGGCGCAACUGACGCCCAGGACUUCCACUCAGCCGUUGACCAAGGCGCAGACGCAUUCGCGAAACAGCUCGAAGAGAGCGGAAUUCCGCCGGGUGAUUUCCUGAAACAGCUGCUCGCAGACGUGAUGGCCGAGGAGGGGGGUGCUAGCACCGGCGCAGAGAGUCUUGCAAAGACUCCAUCAGCCUCGGCUUCGACCUCGGCAUCGGCACCGGCACCGGCACCGGCAGCUGGUGCUGGUGCUGCGGACGCGGAACAGCCCGAGAACUUCAAUGAUGCCAUCCAGCGCACUAUCGAGCGGAUGAAGCAGUCUGGGGAUCGUGCGACUGAGGCCGCGACGACGGGUGACGGGUUAGACGAUGAUUUGAUUGCGCAGCUGCUCAAGGCUGUGGAGGCGGGUGCCAGUGGAGCCGGUGAGGAUGGGGAUCUGACGAAGAUGUUUAUGGGGAUGAUGGAGCAGUUGUCGAAUAAGGAGAUGCUUUAUGAACCGAUGAAGGAGUUGGAUGGCAAGUUUGGACCUUGGAUUGAGAAGAGUAAGGCCGAGGGAACUGUGCCGGUGGAGGAUAUGGAGCGGUAUGAGACGCAGGCGCGGGUUGUGAAGCAGAUUGUGCUCAAGUUUGAGGAGCCGGGGUACACGGAUGAGGAUUCCAAGUGCCGGGAAUAUGUGUGGGAGCGGAUGCAAGAAAUGCAAGCCGCAGGCAGCCCACCCGAGGAGCUGAUUUCGAAUCCGCUGAUGGGAGAGCUGGGAGGUGUGCCUGGAGGUGGUGCACCAGGUGGAGUUCCAGAUUGCCCGCAGCAAUAA